UUGAUUGUUCAGAGAUGUAUAGCUACAGUCACUUCACCUGGACGGCGACAUUGAGAGAGUGUGGAGGCUUUACUAAUGGCGCACGGACACGGCCCACCAUGGCAGCUCCGAGCGGCUCCGGCGGAGUCGAGGUUCUCCUCAACACGCUGCAGAACGCCGGAGACAAUGAAAGCGUGCUAAACGUCCUCAAUGUCCUGGAUGAACUUUUGUCAGCAGGCACCGACAGACGGAUUCAUUAUAUGAUAUCGAAAGGAGGCAGCGAGGCUCUUUUGACGGCUCUGGUGAACUCCGCCCGUUGCCACACGCCCAGCUACACCGUCCUGCUACCUCUGCUGCACCUGAUGGCCAAGGUGGGCCACAGAGAUCGUCAGAUUGGUGUGAAGGCAGAGAAGACUGAUGCAGUUCUACUGGUUCUUGAUUUGCUAAGGCAGAAUGUAACAAACCCCAGGAGAGCCGCAGCCUGUCUUUGGGUCAUCCAAGUCUUCUGUUCUUCUGUGACCGCAGCGGUCUUGCUGGGGAGGAACCAAGGGCUGGACGUGGUCUUCAAGCUUAUUUCUUCGCACACAACCAAGCACUUGCGUACUCUUAAGGCGGCCGUUGAUGCUUUUACUGCGCUGUUACGCUCAAAAGUCAACUGUCGGACUGCCGUUGCCAAAGGCUACAUCUCUGAUCUUCUGAAGCUCUAUGAAGACUGGCACAACAACAAUGCCAGCUUUGAGAACAUUCCUAUCCGCAGAGCCCUGUUGCAUUGUAUGCAUCGUGUCGCUAACACGAGUGCCGGAAGGGAGGCCCUGGUCGCCGAGGGUGGCAUGAGUCUUCUCUUCCAGACCACUCAGACCUUCUUGACCGUAAAAACUCUGGAGUCACUGGUGGAGCCCGCAGUCCAGCUGAUGCGGAAGUGCUAUCCCAAAGUCCGUAUUCCUGUGACCUUAGAUAAGAGUGUCUACAGCUUUCCUCUUCCUGGUAGGCCUGUCGAUGGCUGGGAUGCUGAUUUAGGACCCUACGAUGGCAGUUUAGAAGAUGACAGUGACGAGGACACGGAGAACGAAGAUCCAGACAAGGACUACGAGGAUGACCUGGAAACAGAUGUCAACAAGCUGCGUCCCCGUCCGGAGCCCGACAGACCCCUGGAGCAGCUGGGUCAGUACGUGCGCCUCUGCCCCGAGCUGCACCAUGACUUCCAGGACUUGGAUUCCAGCUCUGAGCUUGAUGAAAGCUCGGAUGAAGACAGUCCUCUGGAGGGAGACUUUAACAACGAGACGCCUCGUGGCAGAAGAUCUGAAGCAGGCCUGGGGGAAUCCUUGUCACCCCCCGGCUCGGAUUCUUCCAUCUCCCUUGGGGUAGACGACAAGAACCCUGGUUCUGAGGAAGAGAGCCAUCUCCGAACCAGGGAUUUUCACAAACAUUACCUCAACUGUUCUAAGAACAGCCAAGAGGGCCAUAGUAGCAUGGUGGACAGGCUUUUGGAGAAGUAUGGGACCUGUAUUCCCAACCCCGAACCACGUCUGUACGCCUCCACUGCGUCCGAUACCAAAUCUAUCGCUGGAUACUCUAUCCUGGCUUUUCCUGAAUUCUGGGGUCACUUGCCCCCACAAAAACAGGAGCCCAUGGCUAAAAGACCACCACACGUACAGAGAAAGAAAGUUUUCGAAGACAUCCAGCGUCUUCUCUGCGCAGAGGACAUCUUAAACAAGGACGUUUUCGACCUGGAAGAUCCGAGUCUGCAGGGUUCCACUGAAGGGCGUCCCGGCUCCCUUCGUUUCUUUUCCAAAUUCGAGAGCGGGAACCUGCGGAAAGCCAUUCAAGUUCGCAGUCACGAAUAUGAUCUGAUCCUCAACGCCGAUGUCAACUCCUCUGCACACUAUCAGUGGUUUUAUUUUGAAGUCAGUGGUAUGGUGGCCGGAGUGCCUUAUCGAUUUAAUGUCAUCAACUGUGAGAAAGGAAACAGCCAGUGUAACUACGGCAUGCAGCCUGUGUUGUAUUCUGUGAGAGAAGCUCUGGAGGGAAGACCGCACUGGGAACGAUCAGGCUCUGAGAUCUGCUAUUACAGAAAUCAUUUCUGCCCAAGAGGAGGUCAAAAUUCUCAGUUUUACACCCUGACGUUCACAGUGACCUUUCUUCACGAUGAUGACGUGUGUUACUUGGCGUACCACUACCCCUACACCUACUCCAACCUCCAGACCCAUCUGAAGAUGCUGGAGAAUUCGGUAGACCCACGAAAGGUUUUCUUCAGACGUCAAAAUCUCUGCGACACUUUGGCGGGGAACUCCUGCUCUUUAGUGACGAUCACAGCCUGUCCCGCUUCCAAAGCUUGGAAAGACCUGCACCAGCUGCGUAACCGGCCAUGUGUGGUGCUGACGGCUAGGGUUCAUCCAGGGGAGAGCAAUGCCAGCUGGGUAAUGAAGGGCACGCUGGAGUUCCUGUGCAGCGAUGAUCCUGUAGCAGAGAGCUUGAGAGAAGCCUACAUCUUCAAAAUUAUCCCCAUGCUCAACCCUGAUGGGGUCAUUAAUGGCAAUAACCGUUGCUCUCUGAGUGCAGAGGAUCUCAACAGGCAAUGGCUAAAACCAGACCCUAUCCUGAGCCCGACGAUUUACCACACCAAAGGGUUCCUGUAUUACCUCAACAGCAUAGGCAGAACUCCACUGAAGGUUUUCAGAAAAUGGAUUAAUGGAACCAUGACCCUGUCAAGGAAGGAAAAACAAAACAAUGAGGUGUUUUGCGAUUACCACGGCCACUCCAGGAAGAAGAAUGUGUUUCUGUACGGCUGCAGUAUGAAGGAAACGCUGUGGCAGUCUGGAUCUACCAUUAACACAGCCUCCCUGAAAGAAGACCCGGGUUACAGGACCAUCGCUAAAACUUUGGACCGAAUAGCUCCUGCAUUCUCUUUCAACAACUGCAACUAUCUGGUGGAGAAGUCCCGGGCGUCCACGGCGCGGGUGGUGGUUUGGAGGGAGAUCGGAGUUCUCCGGAGCUACACUAUGGAGAGCACUUACAACGGCUGCAAUCAAGGAAUCUACAAGGGUCUACAAACAGGGACGCGGGAGCUGGAGGAGAUGGGAAUGAAGUUUAGCCAGAGUCUCCUCACCCUCAGGAGGAACUCCAUCCAUUACACCAGCCGUCUGAUCCACAACGCAUCUGCCCUGCUGGAUCUGGAUGACAGACUCCUGGACCACAAAUCCAAUAAUUGCUUCGAGGACGAUGAGCCACCUUGCCCCGAGGAGAUCCAAUACUCAUCCUGCACUGACCUGUUUGGUUCUAAAGAUCUGGACACAGAAGUGAACGUUAACAUGUGCAGUAUUGAGCAGGAUGAAGGCAAGAAUGAGCAACGGCGUACCGACAGGAAGUCCCAACUCGUUCCUCACUUCCUGCAGCAAGAUGCAAUGGAAACUUUAAGCAUCAAGAGUGGACAGUGUAACAACAUGGACAUCAGUAACAGAUACUUUUAUUAAAGUUAGAUUGUUUGUCUUAUCUGUUAUUUAUAUUUUGUAUCAAUAUACAGUGUCUAGAGUGUUAGCUUGUCUUAAAGGAACAGUUCACCCAAAAAUUCAGUCAACUAUUACAUAUCCUCAUUAUUUAUUUGUUCCAAACUUUUGUGAUUGUUUAUUUCUUUUAUGGAACACAUGGCAUAACUUAUUGAGGAGGUGGAUUCAGUACUUACAUCUCACUUUAGCACUUAAUAAAACACAUAAAGAGUUCACCCAAAAAUUAAAAUUCUGUCAUCAUUUACUCAUCCUCUUAUCAUUUCAAACUUGCAUGACUUACUUUCACAGAACACAAAAGAAGAUAUUUUAAAGAAUGUUGGUAACCAAACAACGGCGGUACCCAUUCACUUCCAUUGUAUGGACACAAAACCAAUGGGUGCCAAUGGGUCGUUGUUCAUUUACCAACUUUCUUCAAAAUUUCUUUUGUGUUUUGCAAAAGAAAAAGUCAUACAGGUUUGAAAUGACAAGAGGGAGAGUAAAUGAUGACAGAAUUUUAAUUUUGGGGUGAACUAUCCCUUUAAAUUUUAAGUGGCUUGCUGAUCAUUUUAAACUACUUUAAACAAUCAAUAUUUUGUAUUCUCAAACAGCAAGAAAAUCAUUUAGGUUUAGAACAACAACUGUAAAUGAUCACCAUUUUUGGGUGAACCCUUUAAGGGUCAUAUCAAAAUGUAAUAUGAGAUUUCAUGUCACAUGUGUUUUGUGAAUCUAAGAUGAUAAUGUGCAGAACAACACUUGAACAGUAAUUCACAUUCGAUUACUCAUAAUUAUAUGAUAUGCCAAUCGUUUGGUCUUUGCAAUGUUCCAGCUCAAAUCAUGACAACAUUAUGGGUUGUUUACAGCUGAGUAGCUUACUGAGAAAUUCAAGUGCCUCUGUUAUAUAACAGGAUAUGAUAGCACUGCAGAUAAUUAAUUAAUAAUAUUUAUUAUCUUAACGUUUAAACAUUUAUGUUUUCAGUAUGUUCUGUUUUUCAAUCUAAGUAGUUUUGAGAAAAGUUAUUUAACUUUCACAAUGUUGAUAUACAAGUAGUUAAUUAAUACAAUUAAUGUACAAUCAAUUAUUAAUAUAAAUUAACAUUAAUAAACAUCAAGGGGUGGUUUCCCAGACAGGGAUUAUUUUAAAACAGGACCAGGCCUUAGUUAAAUUAGGAUAUUUAAAUCGUUUUAAAAAACAUAUGUUACAAAAAAACAUUACUGGUGUGCAUCUUGAGACAAAACAAUCUCACUGAUAUAUUUUAAGAUAUGUCAGUACAAGUCUUUUUCGAUCAAAACACCUCUAACAUUUAAGUUAGUCUGGGACUAGGCUUAAACCCUGUCCUGGAAACCACCCCCAAAUAUAAAAGACUUGUUAUAACUAAACACAGACCGGACGUUAACUUCGGCCUCACGCGUCUGAUGAAACAGUCUAUAACCUCACAGAUAUUAUUAUAUAUAACUUAUUGUUGGACCAUUUUAGAGCAUAGAUGAUACGUAGAUGCUGUAUUUGACUUAAGUCAGUCUGAAAAAAACUUUUCUUAUCCUAUUAAAAUCUUUUAUAUCUGCGUUACUUAAAAAAAUCACAUGUAAGUGUGCACAUGUAAACCUCAGAGUGUUUUUUUACAGAGCCUUAGAAAUAAUGAACAGCCUUGGGUCAGGAGCAAAGCUACAAAGAUUCAUGUCAGUCCAUGUUCAAAUUCAGCAGCCAAUCAGAAGAAAGCAAUUAAAUGGUGACAGUUUUAGCUGGAAGGGAAAUCUGCCAUUGCACAUUAACCCGCAGUUUUAACUUCUGUCUAGAUGGGUGACGAAAGAUCGGAAGACUGUUUAUGCAAUUGAAUUUAGCAAGCUUUUUUCAUUUGUAUGUUUUGCAAUUCACACCAUACAUUACAGUGAUUUGCCAAUGUGGAUGAGAAUCCAUGCUUUAUUGACUAUAGUUACAGCUAAUGGGCAUUAAGCACAACGUGCAGCGAAUAUCUGAAUAUAUUUACAGUAUACUGUCGUUUCUACACUUAAUCCAUGGGUGAGUAAAAUAUGGACAAACCCAACCAUUGGUUUAAAUGAACCUAGAAAAUGUCCAUAUUAUACCCAACCAUGAGUUGAAACAAGGUUAGAGAUUAAGAACCUAAUUACCUUGGCUGCAAGUAAGUCACUUUGGAUAAAAGGGUUAUUAGUUUUGUAUUGCAUCAUAGUUAUUAUGUGUAUUUUAGCACGCCCUGUGUUCGUUCUCCAUCAGCAUCCUGUACUACUAUACAUUUGUACAAUAAUUGCGUAUUUGAGACCAUUACUAAGCAAAUGGCCACCACAGAUGAGUCAAAACAUCCCGUCUAAAGUCUCCACCGGCAGAAGAAUUGAACGCGCCGUAACUUUGUAAACAGCGCAGCGUCAAUAGAAUAAUAACUAGGAAGGAUAACUGCGCUGUUCCUCUGAAUGAAGAGAGUGUGUGUAAUGACUCCAUUUUCAUUUCUAUCUCUCAGGGGCAUUUAGGGCUCAAUCUAGGGGUAGAUAAUGACUUAGCUGUGACCUCCAUGUCCGUCUCGAGCAACCUGCAGCAAACAGCGUGCUGUCCUGCCCUGUAAUCUCAUUCCCAUUUACAAAGAGAUGGUCUAAUUAGAUCCUGGCAGGGUGAGGUACGUACCUGAGUGCAGAGCGGCGAGCGGGCGCUCAUUGGUAUGCGGCGGACGCGGGCUAUGCCACACACCACUGCAUUUCUUAAUUGUGUCUCACACCAAGUCUGCUGCUCGACUCACUGCAGUCAACGCAGGGAGACGAUACCAGUCGAGGUAUUACUCCCUUCCCCGCCGAAUGACCCUCCUGGAGCUCUCAAGCCUGCGAUCACAUGCGUUCGGCAAGCAGGUGGUCUUCUUUAAAUAGCUAUAGGGGGCUGAGAUGAAAUGAUAUGGACAUGAUAAGAAGAGAAUUACUCUUUCCUCACAACAACUUGUGCUUAAAGCUACAAUCCGUAACUUUAUUGGUUAAAGUUAUUGAGCAAGUACAAAAUCGAUGAGUGUUGAAAAGUGUUUCCUCAUAAUAAUGAUUUACAAAGUUAAACUGUCAUGUUGAAUUUCCCAGGACGUGUCGUUGUUUUUCGAGUAAUGUAAAGAUCAUACCGUUAACAUUUGGGUACCAAAAAUCCAAGCAUUCUAUGAGUAUUUCGUCUGUUCGCAUCUACCGGGAGAAAUAACCGGGAAAUGGGAUAAAUAACAAAACGGGAGGGUGGCGGGAGAUCCCCGAUAGCACAGGUACGUCUCUAAGAUGUCUGCUCAAGAUCUGAAGAUCUUGAAAACAGCUGAUAAACGUCUUAGAAAUGUUAGUUUUACAUACAUUCUAAAUCAUAAGCAUCUCACGGACAAAAACAUCUUUUAUAUAUCUAUAUGACAACAGACGGGAGACAUGUCAGAGACGUAUUGCAGAUGUUCAAACAAUCAAAAAAAUGUCUUGCAGAUGUAAUAUAGACGUCUCCCAGAUGUAUGUAUCAGGGUUGACUUUGAGAAACGGGAGAGAAAAAUGGGAUUGUUGACAGAUGUAUGGUAAAGAUACCUGUACCUGCAUAAGAAAGGCAUACUUACAAUUUUAAGAUCAUCAUUUUAAUGAAAGAAAUGAUUCCAGUCCAUCAUUUAUUUACAUUCCUCAAAAGAAGCCUAAAACUGUCUAAAACAGAUAAAAUACAGUUUCAUUGAAAAGCGUCAGUGUGUUAUGAAUAAAACAUUGGUCAGAAGCUCGGUUUAUAAUAAGCGUCAUGCCCUUUUAACUUGAUUAGAUUUUGUUGGAUGCUCUGUGCGCUGCGUCUUUUUAUCAAACUGAAACCCGUUUACAUUGAUCAUUAAAUCUCAGGUUUGUUUUUCUUGUCAGUGGACCAUCUGGAUAUUGUGCGUCGUUUUUUUGAUUUAUGGCUCUUGUAUCUUUUCUAUUGCAGAGUGGACUGAUAGACAGGUUUGGAAUUUAUCAUACAGUACGUGAUGGUCACUGCCGCACUCACAAACGUUUGUAAAGUUUCUGGACUAUAGACGGUUUCAUCGGACGCACACGCCUGGCCCGAAGUUAACUUCCGCUCUGUGUUUGGUUACAAUGUAACAAUUUAUAUUAUAUUUAAUAUACAUUAAUAUUAACAUAUAUGAACAUUUUAUUGUAUAAAAUGAUUGAUUAUUUGCGGAGGUCUACCGGACAUCAAGUUUGGGUCACAUAACAUUUAUUUAUGUUUUUGCUGCUGAAAUUUUUCAACCAAUGAGAUUUGAAGUUAUCAAUACGUCAUCGUAUUUAAAUUUAGGGUUCUUACUUUCUUUUACAUUUCUAUUUUGCUAAAUUAGCUUAAAACAUUGAUUUUCUCUCACAAAUCUACUUGUGAGAAAUGUACUUGAAUUAUGAUUUUUGGAGUUUGAACAAGUCGGGAUCUAGACAUAUUUAUGGAGUGCCUGCAUUGCGUUUUAAGCCUUACUGUGGAAUAUGCUGCAAAGUACAAACUCUGUGUUAGAUAAAUAAAAUGAAGCUCUUAAGAGGGAGAUGUUGCUUUUCCUCGCUAAUGCCCCAUCACAACUUUGCUUUCAAGACCGUUUUUGCCUUAGGCAUCUCUAGCAGAUAAGAGACGUUAAAAAGAGCGACAUUAAAUUACCUGUUUUAAAUUUGUCUGUAGUGGAUAAUUGACCACUUUCUCUGCUCUUAGAGGAGAUUUGAUGUACUUCUCCAAGGGAACCAUACAAAACAGAACAACACAAUGUCUUUUAAGAAAGCUACUAAUGGACGAUGACAACAUGCAUGAUGCCAUCAUGAAUUUGUGCGGCAAAGAUGGAAUUCCCUCAAUAUUUCUUACAGGUUGCUAUGGCACCCCAAAUAUCUUAUUUGUUACUGUGACUACUGUACGGCACAAAGAGAUAUGUACAUCAUUUUGUUUUCAACUAUAGAGAAUUGAGACUCUGAGCACGAUUAUUCUGUUCCAGGUUUUGCCUCCAUGUAACCAAUAACAGAACAGCAUCAUCAAUCCACAACAUAAAGUACAAAGGCUCGACUUGAAAUUGCUUUCUGUGGGCACACAGUCACAGGAGAUUAAAUUAGGGUAAAUAUUGCAUCUAGAUGUCCGGAACAACUUACAGAAAUGUUUCGGGUUUGAUACAACUUACGCUCUACCGACAGCUUCUGUGGCAUUAGGAUAUCCACCGAAAAUGUCAAAAGGUUGUGAAAGGCAUAAGGGGGAGCAAACGACGACAAAGUGUUUUGUUUUUGUCACAGUAUUAAGUGCGAGUUGUGUAUUGAAUAUGGAGUGCAUGUGAAUAUGCAAUUGCAUGUGUAAACAUUGACCCCAGAACAGUAAUGAGAUCGAUACUCGCGUCUAGACGAAAACAAAACAUUUAACGGCCGAUUUGGCUAUAAUCGGAUUGCAGACUGUUCCCCUCUGCUCCUUGUUUGUUUGUUUUUCCCAAACAUGACAUUUUCAAAAGUGUGGUAAACGUAAGUAAUAGAUGUCUGUGACCAAAUACAGCAAACUACACAAAUGUUUUGCUGUGAGAAAAUCACAAGAAGUCUGUAUAACUGUAAUCUGGGCUUUUAUUAUGUGUCCAUGUCUUUAUCAAUUCUUCUUUAUG